CUUCCGCGCUCCACGACGGUUCCUCUUCUCCGAAAUUUCAAUCUAGUUUCCUUCCACAGUUCCACAUCGUCCUCACCGCCGGGCGACGGCGCCUGGAUAUGGACGACGAAGACUCCGAUGACGUAAUCUACACCGACGUCGACGAAACUGAUGACAGCAAAUCCGAAGACACCGACGACGACCCUGCUUCCUCGAGUUCCGACGAGGAAACCUCAGAAGACGAGGAGGAGGACGAGACGGAUGACUUAGGCGAGGAGGAGGAAGACCACGUGGAGGAAGAAGUGGACUCUGAGGAUGAGGCCCCGAUACAAGUGAAGCGUAAGCGGCAGAUGCGGAAGCAGAAGAGGAAGCGACGAAUGCGGGAGCGGAUGCGGCGUCCGCCGCCACCGCCGGGCACUUGCUGCAUCUGCAUGGAACCAUGGACACCCGACGGGGCGCAUCGCAUCUGCUGUAUUCCAUGUGGACAUAUGUUCGGCAGAUCGUGCCUGGAAGAGUGGCUGCGUCGUCGCCGGAGCACCACAGCGAAGUGCCCUCAGUGCGGUCGGAGCUACACCCUCAAGCAAAUUACCAAUCUGCAUUGACCUUGCCCGGCUUCGAUUUGCACAUGCUCAUCGGAGGAAAUCGAUCUGUAUGUAACUACGUAUUAUUAGGAGUUUUUAAUAAUUAAUCCAGCCUUUCCCAUUUGGCAUGCUUUGUAAUAGAUUCCGAACUGUGGAGGAACGAUUUACCAAGACAUCAAGGCCCUGAUUUUUUUUUGUCGUUUUCUGGACACGAGUUAGCUUCAGC